CACUCUGUACACGGGGCAUCUUGCCUAGGGACACGAUCUCGCAGAACAGACUUAUUACAAAUGGUUUGAUUAUAAAUGGUUCCUUGUAGGAAGCCGCCGUGGAGACCGACUUAAGUUCAGAAUCGGCUUCCAGCACUUCGUAGCGGUGAGAGAGCCCCAUCCCCCGUCCCGCUUCCGAAUCUGUUAGUUUGAGAAAACUAAGGCAAAGCGUUCACUGGCAAUGUUGGAAAUCAACUGAAGCAUUUUCUAUUACAAUGGACUUUGACCAGAAGUCUCUAUUUCGCUUUUGGUGGGGGCCAUAGCUGCUGUUAAACAGAGGAUACAGCACAUUUAAAGGUAUGCGAAGAAGCCUCUUUGUCCUGAUGUCUUCAGAGAGACUAUGGAUCAGUCCGGAGUUCUCCUCUGGGUAAAGGCGGAACCUUUUAUAGUGGGUGCCUUGCAAGUCCCGCCUCCAUCCAAGUUCAGUCUUCACUACAUCAGGAAGAUAGCCACCUAUGUGCGAACUCGGGCCACAGAAGGUGCCUACCCACGUCUCUACUGGUCCACGUGGAGGCGCAUUGCCUGUGGGAAGCUGCAGUUGGCUAAGGAUCUCGCAUGGCUUUACUUUGAAAUAUUUGAUAAUCUUUCGGUGAGGACACCGGAGGAGCGCCUGGAAUGGUCUGAAAUUUUGUCCAACUGCACAACUGAAGAUGAAAUUGAAAAGCAAAGAAAUAAGCUUUCAGUGGACACACUGCAGUUUCUGCUCUUCCUGUAUAUCCAGCAGUUAAACAAGCUCUCACUGAGGACAUCGUUGAUUGGGGAGGAGUGGCCCAGCCCCAGAGGCAGACCUCAGUCUCCGAGCCUGGCUGAGAGGCCCAGCUGUCACAGUAAGAACUGGAAUGACUACAGUCACCGGGCUUUCGUCUGUGACCACCUGCCGGAUCUGCUCGAGCUGCUUCUAGCUCCAGAGCAGCUCACUGCGUCCUUUCAUUCAUCCCACAGUAGUCUGCUCUCCCUCGAGGCUGUCAUGGCGCUCAGCUUCCUCAUCGAGGGCACUGUGAGCGGAGCCAGGAAGGUUUACCCGCUUCAUGAGCUCGCACUGUGGCAACCGCUGCACGCAGCAAGCGGCUUCUCAAAACUCUCUAAGGCUUUCUCUUUCUUCAAGCUGGAAGCCUGGUUGAGAGCCUGUUUGACUGCAAAUCCAUUUGGUCCAUCUGCUUGCCUCAAGACUGGAAGGAAAUUGGCCUGGGCUCGCCAAGUUGAAGGAAUGACCAAGAGAGCUAAGAUUGCUUGCAAUACUCACGUGGCCCCUCGGAAGCACCGCAUUGUGGUGAUGAGCCAGGUUUACAAGCAGACACUGGCCAAGAGCUCGGAUACUUUAGUUGGAGCCCAUGUCAGGGUUCAUCGCUGCAACAAGUCUUUUAUAUAUCUGCUCUCCCCGUUACGAUCUGUGACAAUUGAAAAAUGCAGGAAUAGCACAUUUGUGUUGGGUCCUGUGGAGACGGCUCUUCACCUACAUGACUGUGAGAAUCUGAAAGUCAUUGCUGUUUGCCAUCGCCUGUCCAUCUCCUCAACAACAGGCUGCACCUUUCAUGUUAUGACGCCUUCCCGCCCACUCAUUCUCUCUGGGAACCAGAGAGUGACGUUUGCCCCAUAUCAUACCUAUUACCCAACAUUGGAGGACCAUAUGGCCAGGGCUGGCCUUGCCACAGUGCCUAACCUUUGGGAUAACCCAAUGGUUGUGUGCAGAGAGAGCAGUGACACCAGAGUCUUCCAGCUUCUGCCGCCUUGUGAAUUCUACGUAUUUAUUACUCCCUUUGAGAUGGAAGGGGACACAGUGGAGAUACCAGGGGGUCUCCCCUCUGCUUACCAGAAAGCGCUGGCUCAAAGGGAGCAGAGGAUACAGAUCUGGCAGAAAACUGUGAAGGAGGCCUGUUUGACCAAGGAGCAGAGGAAGCAGUUCCAGGGCCUUGUGGAGAACAAGUUCUAUGAAUGGUUGAUUAACACAGGACAUCGACAGCAGCUGGACAGCCUUGUUCCGCCCACAGCAGCCUCCAUGCAAGCAGCCGGAUAAGAGCCCACGUGGGACCACUGGGCCUGGGAAACGUGAGGACGAAUGGAGGAUGGUACCCACGGAAGCCUGUACUGGAAAGGCACCCUUGCUGCCCGAGAGACCUCUAGACUUUUCUCUCUGUUCAAGACCUUUUGUUGGUUCCUGUUCUGUACUCACUUAGGGAAUUUUAGCUAGGCUUCUGACUCUCAUAAAAGUGUCUUACUAUAGAAUGUCAGAAGACUCACACGUGCUGUCCUGAAAUGGAACACUGGCUAAAGCAGGUUUAUGUAUAAUGCGUUA